GUGAGCGUGCUGUGCGCGCGCAUGUCUAUAACGUUUUAAUUUCGAAUUUUUCGCGCCAGUUUGUGUGUGAACAAAAUUGUUUAUGGAAUCGUUUCAGUGACACAGAUUAAAUAGAAAAAAGAAAAAAAGAGCAAUGCCGGCAUACGACAACGAAGGGGCGACCAUAUCGCUCGAAGAUGUGCGAGAUUCACAUCGACCGGCCACCACGAUUCAAGACGAGCUGGCUAUGAGGAGAAACCGAAUGCUGAAGACACAGAAGUCGACGAUUUCGUCGAGGAAACAACAGGCGGUUUGUGUGAGACGUGCCCACAAAAAGUAUGGGCCGACCAAGAAUCCUAAUGUCAUUUUGGAUGGAUUGAACAUGACUGUACCUAAGGGUAGUAUUUACGGUCUUCUCGGAGCUUCAGGGUGUGGAAAGACCACAUUACUGUCCUGUAUAGUUGGUAGAAGACGGUUGAAUGCAGGCGAAAUCUGGGUGCUUGGUGGAAGACCUGGAGGUCCUGGGAGUGGAGUUCCAGGACCUAGGAUAGGUUAUAUGCCACAGGAAAUUGCGUUGUUCGGCGAAUUUUCGAUCCGGGAGACGAUGAUAUACUUCGGCUGGAUAUCCGGGAUGACAACUAAAGAGGUGGAAGAGAGGAUUGACUUUUUGGUAGAUUUACUGCAACUACCAAACCCUACUAGACAAAUAAAAAUUCUGUCCGGCGGUCAACAGCGACGAGUAUCUUUAGCAGCUGCUUUACUCCACGAACCAGAAUUACUUAUUCUGGACGAACCUACUGUUGGAGUAGACCCUGUACUGCGACAAGGUAUCUGGGACCACAUGGUCGACAUUACGAAGGGCGGUAAAACAACCGUGAUAAUCACCACUCAUUAUAUUGACGAGACGAAACAGGCGAACAUUAUCGGUCUUAUGCGUGGCGGUCGGUUCCUAGCCGAAGAGUCACCAACAGAACUAAUACGCCGCUACCAAGCAGAGAGCUUAGAAGAUGUCUUCUUGAAGCUAUCAGUGUUACAAAAUAUGGGAAAAAGAAGACGAUCCAGUAUACUUGCUGAUGUGGUGGAAAAAGUGGAGAUUCCGGCUAUUCCUGAUCCAACAGCAAUAGACGUAGACGACGAAAUCGGUGAAAUAUCCGGUGAAUUCGGUGACAAUGUGUCCAUGAGUAGCAAAGGCAGGAGUGUGAUAACCGAACUGAAGUCACCAGUUGAAGCUUUACCUCCAGAGGAAGACCCUCCAGAAGGAUGCUUGGAGAGGAUCAAGCCAAUGAAAUGGCACCACAUGAAAGCGCUUAUUUGGAAGAACUUUUGGAGUCUGUUCAGGAACUUUGGUCUACUCUCCUUCAUAAUCGGUCUACCGCUAUCCCAAAUGGUUCUUUUCUGCCUUGCAAUUGGUCAUUAUCCCGUGGGAGUUCCCAUUGGGAUAGUGAACUAUGAGCUCCAUAAUAGUUCUACUGUUCUUUGCGACUAUCCGAGAAACAAAUGCCCUCAAGACCCUGAAACUUAUGAGUGGAAUCUGACCAUGUUUAGUUGUCAGUAUCUGGAUUUCUUAUCGAGGAGGCAGUCUAAUUUGAUAUCCUUCCCAACCGAAGCAAUAGCGAUGAAAGAAGCAGGUCAUGGUGCAGCUCGUGCUGUCCUUGUCUUUCCUUCCAAUUUCUCCGCAAGCUUACAGGAUAGAGUGAGAGAUCCGAGACACGCUGAUCCGUUUACGAUUAAUAAUUCUGAAGUGCAAGUACAUAUGGAUGACACUGAUAAGCAAGUGGAAUGGAUGUUAAGUCGCGACAUCCAGCUUGCCUUCAUGGAGGCAACAGAACAUUUGUCUGAAGUCUGCAAUCUGCCUAAGAGGAUGCUUUCUAUACCCGUAUAUUUCCAUCGCCCUAUUUUCGGCUUGGAGGUGCCUAAUUUCACAGAUUUCGCCGGCCCUGGCGUUAUUCUUACGAUUAUUUUCUUCUUGGCGGUAGCAUUAACAUCUGGCUCCAUGUUGGCAGAACGCAACGAAGGAAUUCUAGAAAGAUCUCUGGUCUCUGGAAUCACUGGUACUGAAAUCCUCUUCGCCCAUGUGUUAGUACAAAUGAUUGUGAUGAUCGUCCAAACGGCUAUGGUGUUAGUGGUUGGGUUCGCCAUCUUUGAUCUGACGUUACGGGGACCUCUUGGCUGGGUCAUUAUAUUGACUCUCAGUAUUGGAUUGUGUGGAAUGACUUUUGGUUUCGUGGUAUCCUGUGUAUGUGAUACAGAAAGGACAGCAACGUAUCUUGCUUUGGGAUCUUUCCUACCCAUGAUGCUUCUCUGUGGCAUCAUUUGGCCGGUUGAAGGUAUGCACAGAGUGCUCCAAUGGAUAAGUUAUGUCCUUCCUCUAACAAAAUCAACGGAAUCUCUCCGCUCAAUGUUACAGAGAGGAUGGUCCAUAGAAGUGCCUACAGUAUAUUCUGGAUUUAUUUCCACAGCCAUUUGGAUUGUAGUUUAUUUAACCGUUAGUAUAUUAUUAAUUAAAUUCAAAAAGGGAUAAUAAAAAAAAAAUUGUACAAAAAAGGCAUUUUUUCAAUUUUUUUUAAUUGCUCAAUUUCGUUUUGGUAUGUAUCGAAAUGUUGUAAAUAAAUAGUUUAAGUGGUAUGUGAAUUUUUGUGAUUGCUUUUGAGUUCAAGGCAAAUUUAGCUAGUGUUAUUAAAGUCAUUUUUAGAAAGGGACAAUAUUAACUUUACAUGUAAACUUGGGAUUUUUUUAGUAUUACGAUUUACAAUUAAUGUAUUUUUUAUAGAGUUUUUUUUGGAUUUUUUUAUUAUAGAUUUUCAAUAAUUGUAACGAAAUAAUUAUGAUUUACAAAAGGUUAACAUAAAUUUGAUUAGGUAUCUGUUUCAAAGUAAUGAGUUAUUUUUUUACGUAGACUUAUAAUAUAAGAAUUUUGUUACAUACUAUGUUACCUAAUAUGUGAUAUUUAUUAAGGCGAGGUUCUUGAUGCCAUUGUAUGAACUAAAUAAUUUAAUAAUAAUAUUUAGUUUAGUUUGGUGGUUUGUCUGUGAUUUAUGGUUAUUAAUAUAAACAUAAAAUUGUAAUAUUCUUUUUACUUUCUUCAAAUAAUUUCUUGUGUUUAAUUUUCAUAGCAUAUCGGGGAAAUCUUCUUUAAAAUAUUAAUAGCAGGAAAUUUCCUGUUGUCAUUCACAGUAGGUACUUGGUAGGUACAUAUAGAUAUUAUUUAUUUAUUACUUAUCAGUUUUUAAGACAUUCACUUAUUUCAGUUGACAUUGACAUGACAUACUUUGACAUAUUAUGUCAAAUUCAGUUGAAUUUGAACCUUGUGUUUACAUUUUUUUCUAGCUUUUUUUGUACUAUAGACUUUGUUUAAUUGAAAAAUUACUUUGCUCAAUAUAUUUGUAUGUAGGUAUGGAUAUAAUUAUAAAUAAG